AUGCUUCCCAACUUCGCCAAAACGUUCCGCAGUUCCAAUGAGGACCUGGAAAAGGCUCCCCAGGUGAACAAUACCUCCGACUUAAAUGGCAAUGAGCUAUUCGACAACUCCAGCGAUGGCGCCGUGCCCGGUGAGAGCUUCGAAUACGGCGAUUCUAUGUACGCCAAGCUCCAACGCGUAGCCGGCAAGUUCAAUAUCGAGCAGCGAGGUGUCGAGCGAGUUCCAGAUUCUGAGCGGACGGAUACGUCCUAUUACAACAUUGGUACCAUGUGGUUGGCCGCAAACAUGGUCGUCAGCUCCUUCGCCAUUGGCGUUCUUGGAAAGUCUGCGUUCGACUUAGGCUUCGUUGAUGCCAUUUUGGUUUGUCUCUUUUUCAACCUCCUCGGUGUUAUGACCGUGUGCUUCUUCUCGUGCUUCGGUCCCCUCUAUGGACUGCGCCAGAUGGUGCUUUCGCGAUUCUGGUUUGGAUGGUGGCCUGUAAAAUUCAUCGCCGUCCUUAACAUCAUUGCCUGUGUCGGUUGGUCUGCUGCCAACGCCAUUGUCGGUGCCCAGCUCCUUAACGCGGUGAACACCAAAGUCCCCGGAUUCGCCGGUAUUCUCAUCAUCACAUUCUGCACACUCUUCGUCACCUUUGCUGGGUACAAGUUCGUUCACGUGUAUGAGUAUUGGAGCUGGAUCCCCACCACCAUUGUGUUUAUCAUCGUCUUCGGCACAUUCGCCCACUCCGGCGAUUUCAUCAACAUUCCAAUGGGAGUCGGAAUCUCUGAAAUGGGUUCUUGUCUAUCCUUUGGAUCCACCGUCUAUGGUUUCGCAACUGGCUGGACCAGCUACGCUGCCGACUACACCGUCUACCAGCCAAAGACCCAGAGCCGUCGCCUGGUCUUCUUGGCUGCCUGGCUUGGUCUGAUCGUCCCCCUGCUCUUCACUCAAUUCCUCGGCAUCGCCGUCAUGUCCGCAACGGCUAUGGGUGACGGAGUUAACAACAAGUAUGCCGAGGGCUACCUAGCCUCAGGCAACGGCGGCUUGAUCGGAGCCGUGCUGGAGCCUCUCGGCGGCUUCGGCAAAUUCUGCCUCGUCAUCCUGGCCCUGUCCAUUAUCGCCAACAACUGCCCCAACAUCUACUCCGUCGGCUUGACCUUGCAGGUGUUGAGCCGAGCUACCCAGCGCGUGCCCCGAUUUAUCUGGACUUUCCUCGCCUCAUGUGUCUCUCUUGCCAUUGCUAUCCCGGGUUACACCCACUUCGAGACCGUCCUCGAGAACUUCAUGAGCCUUAUCGCCUACUGGCUGGCCAUUUACUCCGGCAUUGCGCUAGUUGACCACUUCGUUUUCCGACGUGGAUUCGGUGGCUAUCGUCCAGAAGACUAUGACAAUCCCGAUAAGCUGCCCAUGGGAAUCGCCGCAUCUGUGGCGUUUGCUUUCGGCAUUGUCGGUGCUAUUGUGGGCAUGAGCCAAACGUGGUGGAUAGGUCCUAUCGCCAAGCAUGCUGGAGACCCAGAAUUUGGUGGUGACGUCGGAUUUGAGUUGGGCUUUGCCUUCUCUGCCAUCGUAUAUUGCAUCUUGCGACCCAUCGAGCUUCGUAUGACUGGUCGAUAA